AUGACGAAAUGAGAAGAGAUGUUGUGCCUAAAAGCACAGUUCCAUCUUCAAUAAUUUUAUCGAAUAAUCUUGAGAUUAUUAACAAUACAUCAAGUAUUAAUACGAACUUACAUGAUUCUGACAUAACAGAUCAGAGAUAUCUACUUGAAAAGGAAUUUUACAAGACUUAUGAUCCUAACGUGGGAUUUAAUACAGCACUAGUGCUCGGAGUUAUGUUGAGUGCUUUACUUCUAUACGUUAUUUAUAGAACAAAAAUUAGAAAACCGCUUCUUGCAUUUGUUAAGCGUCAAUUUUACGAGUUUCGUCACCGUGGUAUGCCACGAGAGGUAGCGUCGUUAGUUGAUAUAGAGGUUCGUGACAAUGUGGAUAAUAAUGACAACGAUGCGGGUGAUACCGCCGACGGUAAUGACGAAGUGUUCUACGAUGAAGUAGAAAAAACACAUCAUGAUAAAACUUAUCAUUUAUUGCCGACUUUUUCUAUUUCUGAUGACGAUAAACAACUUCCAAUCGUUGUUAUGGAUAUGAAAUCUGCUACGGCUGACUGGGUACAACAACAACAUAACUUUUUGGAACCAGGAACUUUCAUACUAAAAGUCAAGUCCGAUACAAUAUGUCCUCAGGGAAAAGAAAUUAAUCCGUCCAAAGUACACACGACGUCAAAUAUUCCUGGUGCUAGGUCUCAGCAUUGUUUGUCACACGCAAGGACACACAGACAGUAUAUUCAUAAUUGUAAAUAUUCAAAUGCAUUAAACCAAAGUCUACCUACAUUAAAAACGCAAGAUUCAAUUCGUUCGUCGGAAAGUGACGUAAAGCCUUCGAAAAAGACUCGGCUGAAAAAUACAAAGCACCAAAGUAUGUCUUCAGAACCUAAAUCGCCUAUGCCUCAUUCUCAUAUCAGUAAGCCAGUGCAUCUGACACCCAUUAUUAAAAUUCAAAAUUACGAUAAAUCACAACGAACUACAAUUGACAAAAGGGAGGACCGAGAUUCCGUAAGCAGCAGUUCCUCGGACGAUCCUCAAAUCCUUCGUAUCACAGCUGAUAACUGGAAUAAAAAUAAACAGCUUAAGAUGUGCAGCUCACAAAGUGUAGAUAGACGGGACGACACUUGUCCCUAUUGUGAAACAACAAGUAAAAUACCAGUUCUUAAGCAAUUUAGUUUGGAUAUUCCGAAUGAUAAACAUAAUAUUCUUGUGCCAGUGAUAGACUAUACAGGGACGUCCAGAUCUUGUCAAAAUAUCACGUCAAUGGAGACAACAUUAUGAUAUACGAUCAGGGGCUGUGAAACAAUUGUGAUAUGUUUUGCAAGUGUACGAAAUAUUUUUGUAUCCAUAUCAUUGUGUAAUUAUAUAAGUUUCAUCCAUUCCAAGUUGUUUUUGUAGAUUGUAAGUUAACAUAUUCAUUACCAAACAUGAUGAAUAAUUCAGUCAGUGGUUAACCAUCAUAAGAUUAUCUCAGAGUUAUACAAUGACUGUAAGGCAUACACGGGAUCGAAAAACAAUUUACCUUGCAUAUUUCCAUCAUAGGUGGAUUAUGUAUAUGCUUUCCGUCUGGCUAACAUCAA